UCAGAUCUGCCUCCCACAUCGGGGAGAUUGGUAGCUUCUUGCCAUCACCGAGCCGACAGGACUUUGCUUUUGGCCACCACACCACCCCCACAAUUGGUUGGUCCUGUAGGUCAUGGGCUCCACUGAGGCCGCCGUCAACGCAGGGCCGUCGUACAUCUCAUCCCACUCAGCGGACGUCAUACUUUCCGAUAUUCGGCCUAUCAAGCUAAAGCUCGAGGGCCUACGCUCCAUCAACGUCCUACUCGAUGAAUUCCUGUUCAACAUCCUCAACACCGCGCGGUCGCUCUCGACAGACAAUCUGCGUGCCAGCCUCCUGAGUGUCCUCCCGACGAGUCUGGGCAAGGAAGCGCUGCUGGAGGCCGAGGUCGAGUUGAGGGCGUACUGGGACCGAACUGCUAGGCCGCCGGUGCUCGAGAGCGACGAGGGGACGUUUAAUUUGCAGUGGGCCUUCGAGCUUUUGAGACUCAAAUGCGAAGCAUAUUCUACACUGAAUGAGACAGAUGAGGACGCUGGGGCCGUUGCUCGUCUCACUGAACGAAUGACCCAGGCCGGAGGCACAAUGCCCCCGGCCGCCGCGUUGGUGGCCCCUGCCUCACUGUACCUGACGGCGAUACUUGAAUCGAUGUGCGAACACAUCUUGUCGAAUGUCGGUCGCGUUGUUGCACGGGACAGCAGUCGAACAAGUGCCAUGGUGCAAGAUGUGUUCGUUGCCUUGUGCGAAGAUCACUCUAUCUAUCCACUAUUUAAGUCAAUGCGAGUAAUUGACCAGGGUGCAGUCUACCAGCAAAUUGAGACGCUAUCGCAGACACCGAAGCCGCAAAGGAACAAAUCGUUUUCGCGCAGCGACCGACCGUCUCUCUCGAACUCGCGGUCUUCUCAUCAGCAGGAUCAAGGGUCGUCAGGUCGGGAGUCGUCUAUGCAGCACCGCUCACGGAGCUCUGUUGAUACGACAACAACGACCGGGACCGCCUCUGGAUCGCGGUCUUCUUUCGACCGGACACGCAAGAAGCUGAUGAACGGCAAUCGCAGCUCGAACGAGGACAGUGCAAACGGCCACAAGCGGACGGAUUCUGGGCUCAGUGGUACUGAGGGGCCCCAAGAAUCACCGGUGCAUGAGACGUCCUUGCAAAAGGAGUUCGAUAUGCUCAUGAGGUCCGACUCAACGAUGAAGGUUUCGUUGACGCCAGACAGAUUGAAGACCAUGGAGGUUCACAGGCAAGAAAAAGGGUUGCGCGGGACACGACGGCCGGCCCCUCUCACAGUCGGCAAAGAAGAGCCGGCGCUUCCUCCUUCUUCCUUUGCACCAUCAUCAUCACGGGCGAACGGCAGACGGCCUUCUCUCCGGCAGGUCGACUCUAUCGUGGAAGACGAGGAAGAAGCCCCUAGAUCAGUUCCCACGCAGCCUCCUAGUAGUCAUCACCCCUCCUCUUCUCUUUCUUCCACGACGACGACGAGAGGUGUUUCGUCCCUCACCACACUCGUUUCGGACACUGCCCCUCCUCUACCCAACAUGGCCUAUUCACGACGCACAGGCCCCAUGGGCUUUGACAGCGAGCCCUCGUUUCCUCAGAAGACGCGACGGAUCCAGAAGAAUCGCGAAUCUCUCGACCUUGACGACGUCAUGGCCGGCUCCGAUGAAGAGAACGACGCACCUGAACCAGCCCCAGUACCUACAGCGACUCGUGCCCCGGUCAAGACGUCGUCACCCACCACCCCUCGAAGGAUGAACGGGUCGCCAGGAACAGUGUCCAAGUCGACGCGCGACCUGAUGGACUUUCUGAAUGAUGGGCCGCCGGAUGUUCCGCCUCCCAAGGUGUCGGCCGCCGGGCGGGAUAUGAUCAAUUUCCUCAAUCAGGGGCCGCCCGAGUCGUUUGGUGGACCGAAUGGGCUUCCCCCCGUGCAGCAGGAAGGGAAGAAAAGUUCCGGGCGGCUGCAGCGGAUGAUGUCGAGGUUGGCGAUGGGCGCGGAUAAGGAGAAGAAGACCGGCGACGAUUCGGGGCGAGCGAGCACCAUCCAGCGUCCGUCCCAGUCGAUGCCACCAACGACUCCCAUCAGGACUACGGGGAACGGCCUAGCGCAUCAAACGUCGUACAGUUCGCUCGCGAAUCGACCGGUGCCGCCCCGUCCUCCUCCAACUCAGCCGAUUUCACCGCCGUUGUCGCCUUCAGAUGACGGGUACCAGCAAUACUCAUCGUCAACGGCAGGAUCUAGAUCGCGCAAGUCGUCUGUUAACCAGCCUCGGGCGAUGCCGACUUGGGAGCAGCAGAUAGAGAACGGUCAGAUGCCCCCACCACCGACUACCAACGGACACGUGUAUAGCCGACCGACGGCUGUCAUCCCCAUCUCACCGACUGCACCAGCUGCUGCCGUUGCUGCAGCCGCCGUUGCUGCCGAGGAGCAGCAGCAAGCUGCGGUGGCGGCGGCGGCAGCCAGUGCUCGGGUGCCUCGUCAAAAGGCCGUGUCUGAUGCCAGCCGACGGGUGCCGCCGAAAACGACGAUCACUACGUCAUUACCUCCGCCACCUUCGCCUGUCGUCCAGCGCAAACCGAGCCCCAGCCCGGUGGCGACGACCCCCGCCUCAACAAACGCGAUUGCGGACGAGGACGCACGUGAUAUGCGACGGCUCCUUUCGUGUGCGUCGAAUGUGGACGAGUGCCGGCUGCUGUUCGAGAUGUUCCUCGCCAAGGCCGGCGUUUCGGGGGCCGAAGGGAACGUGCCUACUACCGGGAGGGGGUUCGAGGUCCCGUAUCCGUCUCCCUCGCUUUCCAAUGACGACGGGCAUCAGAACAAACUGAUUCCCUCGGCGGCGGAUGCUUCGUUGGAGUUGUCGCUCGUUGAGCUGUUCCUGGGGGGCGGGGGUGUGUUCGAGGAAACGAAAAAGCCGGAGGCUGAGGCCGCGCCGACCAAGUACACCCAUGCUCCAUUGGAAACCUAUACCCCUGUAGCUCAAGUGGGUGCUUGAAGUUCAGUUGAUACGGAUUCGGAGUUGGAUUUACGGAUACUCAAACUACUUACUUACGCUAAGUAACUCACACUCGCUUGCCCAUGCUGAUUUGUAACUUAAUCUUGUUUAUACGUAUCUUGUUGAGGCAACAAGCUGGUCCGUACUAGAUGAUUGGGUACUGUAGUAAUUCUGUUUUAGUUACCUAUGAUACUGUGCAUGUGCGUCGGAUUGGCAUCAUGUUGGCGGUCGAUAGCGACCGUAUGGGAAGCGAAAAAAAAAAAUCAAGCGUGAUGACCUCCCAUCCUAUGUUUUGCAUCAGGCUUUAUACGUCCGAGUCUG